UAAACGUCCAAUUAGAUUCGUCGUGACCAAGCUUGCUGCCACCGCUCUAUGUCAGCUACCCAUAGCUAACUGAGUCUCAGCUGUGUGGACAGCCAUCACCAGAUCAUGUCGAGUCGUGCAUUGAGGAGACUCAAAGGCAAACAGAGGGGACAGGAGGAACUUAGCAUCGAGGAUCUGAAUUUGAACGAAGCACAAACGGUGGAUUUGCAAGAGGAGGAGGAAGAGCAGGGUGAAGCUGUCCUGCAGCCAGCUAAGACGAGCAAUAACCGGAAAGCUAAGAAAAACAAAGCUCAGAAAAACAUCAGCAAUAUUUAUGAACUGAUUGGCGAUGCCGAAAACGAGGUGGAGAAAAGUCUGACAGAUGAAGAUAUUGGGGUCAAGCAACAAGUAGACCCCGACGCUUCUAGAGAUGAUGUGGAUGAAACAGACAGACAACCCACAGACCUCAACAAUGGUGAGGUGACAAAAAAGAAAAAGAGGAAAAAGAAGAAGAAGAAAGCCCCAACAGCCGAUCCUCAGGAGGAUGGAGCAGGAGAUGAUAUAGAUGCAAUCCUGGAGACCAUAGAGAAGACCAAUGGGCUCUCCCAUCAGAAUGAUGAUGGUGUCACAUUUGACAGUAGACCUGUGCUGUACGUGGAGCACCGCAAUUUGAAUCCUGAAACAGAGCUGAAAAGAUAUUUUGGAGCCAGAGCUGUUCUGGGAGACCAACGGCCCAGGCAAAGACAGAGGCAGUUUCACCGCAGUACUUGGAUGACCUUCCCCAAAGAUACCUGGCCCCGCUUCAGCAAACCAGGAAUUUCUAUGAGUCUUUUGGAAACCAGAAAUGGCCUACAGUACUUCACAUUUGAGCACAAUCGAGACUAUCAACAAGUUCAGUUCAAAUUCUUAGAUGCUGUUGAGUCCAUGGAUCCAAAUAACAUAGUCGUCCUGCUGCAGCUCAACCCAUACCACAUCGACUCACUGCUGCAGCUCUCUGAUGUCUGUCGUAUCCAAGAGGACCAGGAGAUGGCUAGGGAUCUCAUUGAACGAGCUCUCUACAGCUUUGAGUGUGCUUUCCACCCCGUGUGCAGUCUUACAUCAGGAACCAGCCGACUUGACUACCUGAGACCAGAGAACAGGGCCUUCUACUUGGCUCUGUAUAAGCACAUGAUGUUCCUGGAGAAGAGAGGCUGCCCCAGGACUGCUCUGGAGUACUGCAAACUCAUCCUGAGUGUGGAUCCUGAUAAUGACCCUCUCUGCAUGUUGCUGCUGGUAGACUUCCUCUGCCUGCGCUGCCGCGAGUACAGUGCCCUCAUCCGAAUCUACGAAGAGUGGGAGGUCCACAGGAACCUGUCCCAGCUGCCCAACUUUGCCUUCUCAGUGGCCCUGAGCUACUACCACCUGAGCCUGCAGGAGGACUGCCCAGCUGACGAGGGGGUAAAGUUAAGACAGAAGAGUGACAAGCUACUGCAGGGCGCUCUUAUCAUGUUCCCCGGCGUGCUAAUGCCUCUACUGGACUUGUUGACAGUACAGCCUGACUCUGCUGUCUCCUCCCAUGCAUAUUUUGGCCCUAAAAGUCAGAUGGAUCAACCCCCUGCUCUGGCUCAGCUGGUUGCGCUCUACGUGGGGCGUAGUCACGCGCUGUGGAAGGAGGCUCCUGUGCUGCUCUGGCUGGAGGGCAACGUUAGUGAAGUGCUCCGCAGGGUCGACGCCCAGGACCCCCAAGUGGAGGACUGCCUCAACAAGAGAAAGACAAGAUACCAAAGCGCUCCGAGAAACAUUCAUCGGCACGUUAUAUUGUCCGAGAUCAAGGAGGCCACGGCCACUCUGCCUCUGGAAGUGACCACACAACCGGUUAUGGGUUUUGACCCUCUUCCGCCUCUGGAUUCAGUAAUGGCGUACACCCGACCAGAGAGACAAAUCAGUGGAGCUUCCAAUGAAAGCACCUUGUCACUCUUCUUUCGUUCUCUGCUGCCAAACUUCAACUUGCAGGGUGGGCUGAGACCCGAGGACAACCAGGAAGUGGCUCGUGCAGGAAGAGAGUUGAACCAGGAAGUGAACCGGCUAAUGGUGGCGAUGAGGGACAUGCUGGCCAACAUUCAGUUUCAGGAGCCACCCAGGGAAGACAACCCAGACCGAGAUGAAGAGGAGUGGGACUAAAACAUCGAAGGGCUGAGGAGACAAGACAGAAGAAAAGAAAAGAAAAGAGAAGAAGGUGACUGACUAAAGACCCUUACAGAGUAGUGAGCAUUGGUUUAGAUCCUGAUGUGGAAUGGAAAGAGGUAAGGGAUGAGCGCUCAUUGGAGAGAUUUUGAGCCGGACAGCAGGUCACUCUUGGAUGAACUCAAACCAAGGACAGUGCACAAAGCAGGAAGUCCUCGUAGUAGUGGCCAUGGCAAUUGAAAACUGCCCCAACACCAACCUGUUUUCUCCCCCACAACUUCUGCAAGACUGAAAGCCCGCUUUGCCCCUUCAAUGUCGGCACAGCCAGGACUUCAUGAUCUGUCUCCCCAUGUGCUGAUUGCUAUCUGAGGAUCGCUAAUCUAAGUAUUUUAGGUCCUCUGCCACCUCGAGACUCCUGUGUGGAGUUAUUGUUCACAAAGUAAAAGGGAAAAUGCUGUUCAGUGCAGUCAACAGUUGCUACAAAGAUUUAGGUUUUUGUUCAAAGCAAAGCCUUAGUUGAAUUGACACUACAAUCUCCAUCUGCUACGAACUGAGCUCCAUGAUGUUUUCAGCACUUACACUGCGUGCCAGACUCACACCUUCAUCACACACCGCUGUGAUCAGUAAUUGUGAAAAACGCAUUCAUCAGAUUGGCAAUAUGAAUGUAAAAAAACAAGUAUACUUUGCAAUGCCAUUUUUUGAUGUUCUGUUGUUAAAAUUUAAAGGGGAACGAAUUGAUGGUGUGAAAUUUCUGGUUGAUAGCCAAUACUUUAAAUGGAGGUAUUCCCUUUCCUCUGCGCUCAGCUCAUGUCACAUUUGCACCGAUAAUACAUCCAGUACAAUGAAAAUAAACAUUUUAUUCUUCACCACA